ACGCUGUUAAGCGACAGUGGGCAUCAUGAGCAUUUCGGAACCAAGAUUCUGUUGGCUUUUGUUUUUUUUUGCUUCGAACUUUCAAACGGUGCGGACGUGCGGGCGGUUGUUGCGCGGCUUCUCGUUUCGUAUCGAAGAAAAAGCUCGCACGUGCGACGCUUGCAAAAAAUAAUAAUAAUAUUGAGAGGGCACUGUAUCGCAAGAUAAAGAUUAUGCUGCGGCCAGGAGAGCCGAGUGCGGAAUAGUGCGAAUAAAUCACCAAUUACGGCGGGACGAGCAGAAAGUGCAGAAAUAAUAUAAUUUGCAGGCGCAAAAACGAAGAUUUAUAAAUAGUGCAACAACAAAAACAACAGCCCAGCCAGCCCCAGCCCAGCACAAUAAGAAUUUGUCAGGCGGCGUUUCUUCUCCCUCUCUCUCUUGUAGCGGUCGCCGCGGCGCCGCUGUCUCUGUGUGCGUGUGUCCCCGUGUCGGUGUGCCGUGUGCGUGCGUGCGUGUGAGUGCCAGUGCCUGUGCCUGUGGCUUUGCAUCCGAAAGAUAAAAAAGUUUGAGAAAAAUGAAAUACAUAAAUUGAAAUUAAGAAAUUGCGCCGAGGAGAGUCUCGUUUAUGGCUAAAAUUCAGCAAGUGCCGAGAAUAUAGCGUAAAGUGCGCACAAGAAAGGAAGGAAAGGAAAAGGCGAAGGCGAAGGCGAAGAAAGCCGGCCGAUAUAUAUUUCUAAAAAUAAAAACUGAAAUAAUAUCGGAAUAUUCUAAACACGCGACAAAGUCGCCGCCAUAAGUGUCAGUGCGGGCGUGUGUGUGUUCGUGUGUGUUGGGGGCCAGUGGGAUGAAAAGCCGUCGGUGAAAUGUCGAGUGCAGAAGGCCACAGAAUCGAGUCACUUGCCGGCUGACGAAAAUCAAACAAAACCAAUCAACAAAUCAACAAAUGUGCCAAUCCGCCAUCCAGACUGUGCGCUAAUCUCGACACACCUCCGGGCCAUGGAUCACUAGCUAACUAGCUACCUACUGGGCCAAUCGAAGACCGAACCGAGAUCUGAUCCUGGUUACCAUCCGAAUCGCCCCCGAAAAUGACCGAGUACGUGACGAUCAACACCGUGCUGAAAAAGUUCCAGACGAGUGCCACCAAAUCGCUGCAGGGACCCGGGCACGCCCUCAACGCCGCCGGCGUCCUGGACAUAGCGCCCAACGGCCGGACCGACCCGGGCAGUCCCGGACUGAGCCUCAGCAACGGCAAGUGCCUGCCGCCCUCGCCGGUGGUGGCGCUCAUCAAGAAGGAGAUACUCAGCUCCCCGGAGCCGCAGGACCUCCACCAUGAAUGCUCCUCCCGGGGCACUCCGCCCCAGCCACAGAUCUACUCGCCGGCCACCCCGCCGCGGGAGCUAUCGCAGCCGAUCCUGUCGGUGGCGGACGCGGGAUGCGGCGAGCUGUACGAAACGAAGCUGGAGGGCAAGACCAUUGGCUGCUUCUCGGUGGGCGGGGAGAUGCGGCUCUGCCUGCCGCAGUUUCUCAACAACGUCCUGAACGACUUCUCGCUGGAGCAGAUCAACCGCAGCUUCGACGACCUGGGCAUAUACUGCUCGCAGUGCACACCCGCCCAGCUGGUGGAGUUCAAGACGGCCAAGAUCCUGCCGUCGGACGUGAAGGCCAGCGGCCUGAUCACCCGCACCGAUGCCGAGCGGCUGUGCGCCGCCCUGCUCCACCGUUCGGAGCGGAACAGCAGCUACGUCCCAAUAGAGAGCCUGGCCAAGGGGGCCCUCAGCUUCCGGGUGUACCACAAGUGCUUCGGCAAGUGCGAGGGCAUCUGCACCCCGGACAUGUACUCCUUCCAGAAGCCGACCUGCAUCAAGUGCCUGGAGUGCGACGGCUGGUUCUCACCCCAGAAGUUCGUGGGUCACGUGGACCGGCCCUUCGAGAAGCAGACCUGCCACUGGGGCUUCGACUCCCGCAACUGGCACGACUACCUGCACGUCGGUCUGGACGUGGAGAACCGCGAGAAGUACCAGAUCAUCCUCGACCAGCUCAAGGAGGUGGAGAUCAAGGAGAUGCACAAGGCGCAGCGCGAAAUGGAUCACAUAAAAAGAAAGGGACUGGAAUUGGUGUUCCAGGACGAUGGACGACUUGGAUCGGAGCAUGUUCUGGGAUUAGCUGGACAUCCGCAUGGACUGGUGGGGGCCCUGGGCGCUCUUCCGCCCCCGCCUCCGCAGCUGGACAUUCCGGGUGGCAAAAAGCAGAGUCAGCAGGCGCAGCUGCCGCUCAAGGCGUCGUCCGUGGCAGGAGCCCCGCCCCUGCUGGAUGCAUACCAUUAUCAGAUCGCGUAUGCGCACUGUGUGCAGCAGCAUCAGCAGCGGGAGCGGGAAAAGGAGAGGGAGCGCGAGAGGGAACGGGACAGAGAGCACUUGCCCCACGCGCACCAGCUGACCCACCCGCAUCGCGCCGUCCUGGUGACGUCGCACCCGCCUCCGCACCACCAGCCGCCCUCACUGAACUCUUCGUCGGCCUUCCGGCCUUGGGGCCCCAACAAGGCCCUGUGGCAAGCCAUGAACGCCUCUGGCCUGUGCCUGCCCUACGCUUGCCAGGAGCCGCCCGAGCUCCAGAACCCGGAGCGAGUCGUCCGGAGCACGGAUAAGAGAUACGCAGAGCGGACAUACCAGCCCAAUGUGGCGCUGGCACCGCGGAAGAGCUACAUGGCCAAGGAGCGGGAGGUGAUCGAGCGCCAGAGGCUGCGCGACAAGGGCCGGGAGCACCACCAGGUGGUGCACAUCAAGCAGGAACGAUCCCCGACCCCCAGCCACGGGGUGGCCCCGGAUGGAGCAGCAUCCAUGGAAGCAGCAGAGCAAUCGCAUACCUCCUCGAGUGGCAGCAACUCACCCCUGCCCGCCCACCAGCCACCACCACCCGCUGCUGCCGCGACCGCUGCUGGGGCACCACCCGCCACGGUGGCACCCACUAGCCUGAGGAACAUACGCAGUCCUGAGGAAUUUUCGGCGGGCGGCAGCAAUGAGAUUACCUCCUCCACCUCACCACAUCACCAGCAGCGGGAGCAGCAGUCGGGAGCGGCUGCUGCUGCGCCCCCACCACCCGCCUCCCUGCCACACCAACAUGUCAUUGCCACCGUCAACCAGCAUGCCAAACUUUUGCCCAGCUCCAGUUCUCCGCAAAACGGAGGAUCGACUGCCUCCUCGCUGGCCAGCAACCACAGCAACAUCGAACCAAGCCGGAUCAGGAUCAACAAGAACCUGAUGAGUCAGCAGCCAGUGCUGACGGCACCGUCGCACUCUCACACCCACCACAUGCACCACUACAGCCACGGCUACUACAAGGGCCAGGCCUCGUCCCCCACCCAAUCCUCCAGUGCCGGGCUUAAUCUGAGCACCCACUCCUCGAACGUGGUCAGUUCGCCACACCCGAAGGCAAUGGGAAACGGCAACACCAAUGGAAGCGGAAACGGGCGCGGAAGUCACCAGAAUGGCAAGCCCCAUUUGGGCAGCGAAUUCGAGCUAUCCACGGAUACGGACGACACGGAUAGCCUGAAUGGUGAGGCCGACUCCAGUGCCAUGUUGCCACCUUGGGAGCAGGCGGUGGAGUCUCUGAGGGAGACGCGUCCUCGGGACCGGGAGAGAGUUCUGAACUUGCUGCAACGACUGCUCCAGGAGAACAACCAGUAUCGUUACAACAACAUCCAGCUGAGCGAGUUGCUCCACAAAAAAGAUGCCCAAAUCGCGGAUCUUUCGGAGCAACUGCAGCGGUAUCGCCGCAUCGUCGACAACGAUUGCAAAGUGGAUCUGCGGAAGAUCAAGCAAACCCAGCUGGAGGCGGAGGAGGAGGUAGAAGAGGGCCGAGGGGAGGACGAUGAGGAAGACCUGGAAGAAAUGGAGGAAAUGGAGGACCGGGCCAACAACAAUAACCAGCAGGAGCAGUCGCCCUUGGCGAAGUCUGCUCGAAGAAGUGCCACUCCGCUGAACUGUUGCUUGGAGAAACCGCAGAACGAGGAGCCGGAAACCAAGAGGAUAAAGUUGCUGGAAGAAUCGCAGGACCGAGAUGUAGAACAGGACGGCAAUAGUUCGGAGCUACAGGAGCCUCAGGAGAAUGGAGACAAGCACCACGCCCUGAAGAGCCCGCCCUCAAGCGAAGAGGAAAUGGAGGAGGACGAGGACGAAGACCGUGAAGAUGAGGAGGAGGACGACGAAGACGAUGAUGCCGAGGGGCAGAUCCAGGCGCCACACAGCAGUGCCCUGGCCACCCCGCCCACGGCCACCACCCCCAUUUCGCCGGACUCGGCGGCAACUGCUGGGCAGUUGUUCGACAGCAGCAACAGCAGCGAUGAGUCUUCGAUGAAAAAGGCCCAGAUGUCCGCCUGCCAUGCUCUGGAGAAAAUCAGCAGCAACAGGGACAGCGAGGAGAAGGAUGCCGACGAGAGCCAGGACGCGGCAGAGCCCGAAGAAGUGAAGGCAGAGCGGGAAGUGGAUCCGGAUGACUCCGACUCCGAGAGCGAUGAUGACGAGGUGCCGUUGCAGCAGCGACAGCAGCAGCAGCGUCAGAGGUGCUCCGCUGCAGCGGUGCCACCUCCCCAAAAUCUCCCUCUGCCGCAGACACUUCCACAUCCACCCAUGGCCACCAAGGCCAGCAAGAAGCAAACUCCACCAGCCCCGCCCCUACCGCCCUCGACAGCCUCAGCCCCCACAGCCACGACAACGAACUGCGAGUUACCAAUCAAAAAGGAAAUAGCAUAAAGGUGUUUUGAAACGAAACAGAAAACACUCGGAAACCCCCAAAACCCUCUCAAAGAACAGCUCUUUCACACAUUCAAUCACACGAGAACAUGUUAUGUUCGGAAAGAAACCCAUAAUUUUGUUAAAUUUACAUUUUUUUAGAGGAAAGUGCAGCCCAAAUUCAAGCACAAAGCCUAAGCGCACAUCUUACCUAUUUAAGGGUAUUACAAACUUUGGCCAGAAAAGAAAAACAUUUAUGAUCGAUCUUAAAUUAAAAUCUACCUUAAUCUAAAAUCAAUCAUGGAAACACGGAAAAUGUUAGGCUAUACUGUCUAUCAUUUCCAAAAAAAUUUAAAUUUUAAAUUCUUUACGAAAAUUCUUUUGAACGCUUUCAUAUAGCUUGAAUUGAUCUCACUUAUAAAGGAAAAAACAAAACAAAAAACCCAAAAAGCUUGAUUUAAGCUUCCUUCUUUAAAAAAAAAACAACAAAAUGAAUAUUUGAAAUUCUUUCAGAUUGCUUGCAGAAUUAUAAAUGAAACCAAAGCUUUAAAAAAACAUAUUAAUUUUGUUGUACAUUGUUCUAUGACCAAUUUGUGCGUGUGUUUUAACCAUUUACUGCUAAACCUAAUUAAGUUACUUUUAAAAAAAAAUUUGUAAGCUCUGCAAGACACUUAAACCGGGAAAGUUUAUAGGGAAAGCGAGGCUUUGAAAAGAAAAUUUAGAAAAGGUUUCUCUUUGGUCAGACAGGCAGCUGGUGAAGAGGGGAGGCCCCUUCCUCCGGAAACCAUUGUAAUUAAAAUUUAGUUUAAUCCUAAUCUUAAGUUGAACAGACAAACCGAGAGAGCGAAGAGGGAGGAAAAAUACACACAAAUGAACCCACCACAAUAUAAAAGAAUUAAACAAAUGCUAAACAAUUCUAAAGUAAUUCUUAUUAGACGAAAAACAAACAAAUAUUUCAUAGUUAAGCAGUUGCCGCGUUACAUUUAUAAAAUAUACAAACCAUUUAUGAAUAUGCGUAAUAUUCUACGAUAUAUAGGAUAUAUAGUUGGAGUGCGAGAAGCGUGGGCUUAUUAACGCCAAGCUCUGCGAGCAGCAUAAUCAUAUACACAUAAACCUAAACAUAUACGCAAACAUAACGAUUAAUAUUUAUUGUAGCUGCUAGUUCUAAUUCAAGUAAUCAUUUCUCUUGUAUAAUUACAGUCUUCUGUUUUAUCUUACUCCUUGUAAGCUUUGCUCUGUAGGCAUUUAGUUUCGUACUCGUAGAUGGUAGAUUAAUAAUCACAUUUUGCUAACUAAUUUGUAGGACUUCUAUUUAGCUUAGUUCUUUAUCUAUUGUGUCCACUGUGAGCGGCAUUUUAUGGUCCAAGCUAAAUUUCUCUGUGUAUAUAUAUAAUUUUCCUUUGACGAGAUUAGAGUACGACGGAUUUUGAGUUGCCAACACCUUGUGAAACCCCUACAUAUAUGAUUGUACUAUAUAUGCUAGAUAUCUUCUGGAUGAUAACCCAACUGUGGAAACAAACCCAAGCCAAGAGCCAAGCGAAAAGAGCGCAGAGAUUUCUAAAAUCUAUAAAAUUUUGUUAUAAAACCAACAUAUUUCAUAAAUUAUUUAUGCCUGUGUGUGUUUGUACUUUCUAAAAGAAAACAUUUGGUUUUAUUAUUUAAAUACAAUUUCUAAAUUAUAUAAAAUAAUAAUAUUCAACAAAAAAAACGAAAAACAAGAAAAAUAUAUAUAUUUCAAAUAAAUUCAAACCAAAAUUUCUCUAGAUUUUAAGCUAAAAGUUUGUAAAAUUGUAAAAAUUUAAUAAAAAAAAAAAACAAUUAAAUAUUUAAAUAAAAAUAUUACAUUUAUAAAAAAUUCAAAUUGUGAGACAUUAAGCAUUAAAAACGAAUGAAAAACCAAUUGUUACGCAUAUUUUAAAGUUAAAUAAAUUAUAUGCAACAAAAAACUUACGAUUGCUAUGCAAAAAAAAUUAAAAAAAAAAAAAAAAACAAUAAAAUAAUAUACAAAUUAUUGUAAAUUAAUUUUCUUCAACUUUGUGUUUUAUUUGCCCAGAACCAGAUCGAUAAUAAACGAAUUAUAUUUAGUGAAUUAUAGACCAGAAGAAAAGAACAUUACAGAGCGGAUAAGAACGAAAACAAAAAGGUUCAUCAGAAACGUCUAAACGGUUUUCAGAAUAUUUCGUGUAUUUAUGGCCAAAUUUUACAAAACAAUGAAAAUAGUUGAUCAUACAUAGAGAUGUGAAGAGAAGCCCGAACAUUUUUUGUAUCAUUUUUUGCUAACAACCCAAAGAAAUAAACAACAAGAAAACAAUCAUUUUUAUAAUUAAAC